UUUGUUUUUUUGUGUAAUCAAGUUGUUAUUUGUUAUCUGGGUCUUGCUGACAUUUCAUUACAUAAUGCUCGCUAUCUUUUAGGGGAUCUCAGUUUUAGAAUUUGCUACAGAAUUGGAAGGAAUCAUCUUCACUCUCACAUCACUAAAAUCUGAAAAAUUCUUUAAAUGUCGUUCUAUAGGAACGCCGUAUGGUUUGCCAGAGGAUUGAGGGAUUAUACCAAAGGGGGAUAUGAGUCAGCUAGUAAGAAUUUUAACCCUGCAGACCUCGAUCUGAAUGUUGAUUGUUCAGGAAAGUCGUACAUGAUUACCGGUGGCAACAGUGGCAUUGGAAAAUGUAUUGCUUUAGACAUAGCCAAGAGAGGAGGAACCAUACAUCUUGUAUGCCGUAAUAAAAAAACCGCACAAGAAGCACAGACCGAAAUUCAAAAAGCAUCAGGGAACAAUAAUAUCCAUAUUCAUUCACUUGAUCUUUCUGAUUCCAAAAGUGUGGUUGAAUUUGGUAGGAGGUUUGUUGAAAGUGGAACGGAAUUGAAUGUUUUAGUGAACAAUGCUGGCUGUAUGAUAAACAACAGAGAAAUAGAUAGCAAUGGAAAUGAAAAAAAUUUUGCAACAAAUACUUUAGGGACCCAUUUGCUAACAACAUCCCUUAUUCCUCUGUUAUCCAAAGCUCAGCAACCCCGAGUGAUAAUUGUAUCCAGUGGUGGGAUGCUGGUUCAAAAGCUGAAUGUCGAUGAUUGGCAAUUAGAAAAGGAAAAGAAAUUUGAUGGAACCAUGGCCUACGCUCAAAACAAACGACAGCAGGUGGUAAUGACGGAGCAGUAUGCCAAACAGUAUCCAAAUAUUCAUUUUUCGGCGAUGCAUCCAGGGUGGGCUGAUACUCCGGCGGUUCGAUCCUCGAUGCCAGAGUUCUAUGAGAAAAUGAAAGACCGUCUUCGCACCGCAGAGCAAGGAGCUGACACGGCAAGCUGGCUGGCUAUAUCUGAAGCGGCUUUACAAUUCCCAUCUGGUUUGUUUUUUGAGGAUCGCCAUCCUGUACCAACUCACUUACCAUUGGCGUGGACGCGCUCAACAAAAGAAGAAGAAGCUAAGUUCAUGGCGAAAUUAGUUGCCCUAACCGAACAAUUCACGAAAAACUAAUCAUAAAAUAUUUACGAAAAGCCCAGUGGGCUGAAAACUUAAACUGGAAGAAAUGACACCACAUAUAUUGUGUCAUUUCAGCAUUUCAGGGUUUAACAUCAAUCCAACAUGGGCAUGUUUCAUUCAAGAUUACAAGUAUUAUACUCGA